GGGCAGCAGGAGUCACACCGAUCGCUCGCGAACGGAGAGGGAGAGGCUGCGCGGCAGGCGAGCCCCGGGAGAGAUCCGCGCACCCAAGAGGCGCUCGGGCGGAGAGCGAAAAACGCGCCCGGAGAAGGUUCAGAAGAAGGGACUUGAAACGACACGCUUGGUGGAAGGUUGUUGUGGAUCUCAGAAGCCUGUCGAUUUCUAAACCAGUGCUUUCAAGAAAACGUCCUCGGUUUCAUGGAAUCUAUUCAAAGCCAGGGCAGGUACUGUAGAUCAAUAAUCACGUUCUUCUGUUUUCUGAAGAGAAUGACUCUGUAUCAUUUUGGAAAACAGCCAUGAUCAUUUUUUCACAUUUGAAGUUCUUGUGAUCCCGCCCUGAGCCCUGCUGGGAUCAAAGUCCAUUGGCUACCACUUAUGCAACGUCCUGCACACCAACUGGGAUUCUUGCCCUCAGGAUAACUACAAUCAAGUGUGCUCCAAAGAGUCUUCAGGAAAGGGCAGUGCCUUUUUCCAGCAUGAGCCAGAAAGAAACAAAUUGCCCUCCAAUUAAGAUCAUGACUACCACUCUCAUCGUGACACAACACGUUGUGAGAGAGAACCAAGGGACCAAAGGGAAUGACCUUCUAUAUGGAACAACUGCAGCUGAGAUUAAUGAAGAAACUGAAUACAUUAAAAAGAUUAGAGCCACUCUAGCAAAAGUUCAGCCUUUGUUGGGUAAAAGCCAAUCAAGCCAUUGGAUUGCAAAUGGCCAGCAAGAGACAAAGCCACACCUGCAGGAACCUGGAGUGGAGUCUGAUAAAGAACCCACAUCCUUUGACUGCAAGGAGACAAUGAAAAAGAUGAAAGAAGCAGAAGAGGAGCUGUUACGGGUGAACCAAGAAAAAGAAAUGUUAAAGAUCAAGCUUGAGGCUUCGAGAGCUGCAGGUGCAGAAUCUGUGAAGAAUGCCUCAGAGAAACUCCAUGAAGAUUAUCAGAAGCGCUUGGGGGAGCUGAAGAAAAGGCAGGAAGGAAUCAUGCAAGUAAUGAAGGCUCACAAACUGAAGCAAGAACAAAAAUUAAAAGAAAGCACAGACAAUCUCAUCCCGCUGAAUGGUGAACUGCUCGAAAAGCUUAUUGAGACUGAAGAAAUGGAAAAACGAGUACAAAGGAUGGAAGAGGAGAAGAAAAAGUUGAACUAUAAGAAACGAGCUUUAAAAGAGACAUUGCAGCAGAUGAUGUCAAAGGCUGAAAACACAAAAAGAUGUGUAGGAGUUCAGACUGAGAUCUCCACACUUCAGGAACAAAUUAGCCACCUGGACCGCCUGAUCCAUUCUCAGCAUCAAAACUUACACAGUCUGAUUUAUCAGAUUGAAGAACUAAAUAAUGAACUAAAACACCAAGAUGAAAACAUAGACCUCUUGAAAGAAAAGCUUGAGAUGCUCCAAGCAAAGAAUAAAGAACUGAAGUACAAAGUGGAAUUCUACUCCAGCCAGUCAAAACCGAAGGUCUCAAAAGCUGUUUCAGCAAAGAUAGAUGGAUAUUUGCCAUACGCCAUGAUAAAUAGACUUCGCAGGUGAAGGAUCCAUAUGAAGCAAGGACAUUUUUCUAUCCCUAACACAAAAAUCCCAUUCUUUGUUGGGUUCUUUUCAAAGACAAAUCACUGACACAGUUUUGUUGUGAAUGUUUUGAACAGAAAAAUCCUUCAACCUCAUAUGUGGGCUUCUUAGCUCGUGGUAGGGCAGUUGGAAGCCCAAGAUGACUUUCCAAUGGAAGACGUGGUCCUAUAUGGAAGAAGACAUUCAGAUGCCAGGGACGUGGGAAGGGAUGGCAUCCUUUCUAUUUAUUUAUGGAAACUUCUAGCACUGUGGAUAUUUUCUAACCAAUUAUGAGUUCACACUGCUGCCAGAACUGAUUCAUCCCUGGAGAACAGAUUUCAGGCAGCUGGUUCUGUCCAUGUAAAAGGACAUAUGGAAAUGUAAUGAAGCUGCAGUUGAGCCUAGAAAGUUACCUCAAAUAUGUGAUACACAAAAUGAAGCUGUAAUAGACUAAGAUGAAGGCUGAUCUAUCCAAAUCGGACUUUAACUGGUUUAGUUGUCAUUUCUUCUUUCCAGGGAAUCCAAAGAAAUGCACAAUGCGGGACGGAAGGAAGUGUGUGUUCUUUUUGAUUGUCUGCAUAUACACAUCAGGGCUCUCUUAACAAAGAAUUCCUAUGAACAAUAAUCCCUAGGGUUUUUUGUGGGGAAUCAUGGCAGCUAUAAUAGUUUUAUAUCUGUUUUUUCAAAGUCAGAAUUUGGGAGAAUGGGGGAUUCAGGGUGCUAUAUAUAUUUUAAACAGAUUUUUCCCCAGUUGUGCAGAUAGUCUUCCUGUACCAGUGCGUCCGUACUAUAGACUGUGGCAUACAGUGGUGCCUCACUUAACGAUUGCCUCGCUUAACGAUGAAAUCACUUGAUGAUUUGGUUUAAACCAAAACGAUGGUUUAAAUGGGAAAAAUCCGCUUCAUGAUGAUUGGUUCCCUGCCUUGGGAAACAAUUUUCGCAUUACCACAAUCUAAAAACAGCUGAUCGUCGGGUUUCAAAAUGGCCACCGGGUGUACAAAAUGGCCCCCUGAUGUUUUCU